AUGCGCAGAGCCGGACCAGUAGAGCCCGCCCUUACCCAGCCAUUCCCGCGCGACUUGGCGUUCGCUAAUCAUGCCCAGAGUCCAGAGGAAGGGGGUGUCUGCAUUACUGAAGCACUUAUCACUAAGCGGAACUUGACCUUUCCUGAGGAUGAUGAUCUGUCAGAGAUGUUUCACACCCUUGCUGAACUGCAGACUGUCCGCCUGGACCGGGAAGGGAUUACCAUUAUCAGGAAUUUAGAGGGACUCCAGAAUAUUCACAGCCUCUAUCUGCAAUCGAAUAAGAUCCAGCGAAUUGAGAACCUGGCUUGCAUCCCCACUCUACGCUUCCUGUCUCUGGCAGGAAACCGAAUCAGGCAGGUGGAAAACCUCCUCGACCUCCCAUACCUUCAGUUUCUGGACCUGUCUGAGAACCUGAUAGAAACGCUGAAGCUGGAUGAGCUGCCCCAAAGCGUUCUCAUCCUCAACCUGGCUGGAAACCCCUGCACCAACCAGGAGGGCUACAGGAAGAUGGUGAUAGAAGCCCUGCCCCUGCUCCUGGACUUGGACAGGCAGCCUGUGUUGGAGCGCUGGACCUCAGAUGAUGAGGAUAAAGCCUCAGAUGAUGAGGAUGAGUUCCCAGAGCUGAGUGGCCCAUUCUGCUCAGAGCGAGGCUUCUUCAAGGAGCUGAAGCAGGAGAUGAGCAGGCACCAGGAGCGCAGGCAGCAGGCUGCCCAGACAGAGCACCUUCUGAGGAUGGAGACCCAGCCUGCCCUCACUGACCUGCCUCUGAUGCCUAAGGUGCCCAUGGCAGGGGACAGCAGCACUUCUGUCAUUCCAGAGCUGGAGAAGGAGUCACCCCCUUCUCCUGAGGCCACCUCCUCACCCCAGACCACCUCUACCACCAAGAAACCAUGCACUCUGGUUUCCAGGGGCCAGAAAAGCUCUGUUCUGGCAAUGAAGGGGGGCCCAGAAGCUACAGCCCCCAAGGCCUCUUUGGUUGGGACCCCCAGGACAACUAAAACUGUGACCAAAAGAACCAAGAAGUGA